AUUUCCUCGCCGUGAUAUUAGCCACAACAAAAAAUUCGUGGUGGUCGCGCAAAAAGUUUUUGGCGCUACGCUAUUUUUCGCGUUUCUCCCUUCGGCAAGGUGUUACUGGUCGUCAGCCACGUCGUCGCCUCGUUCAGGAUUCACCGUCCCGUCGACGACGCUAAACUGCACAAUCACGCAAGAGUUAUAGGGCAAAUCCAGCGUACACAAUGGCGGGAGAGCAGCAGCAAUUUUUUCUCAAAUGGAACGACUUCCAGUCAAACAUGGUAUCGUCAUUCAAACACCUGCGAGAUGAGAAAAGCUUCACGGAUGUGACACUGGCCUGUGACGGUCAGACUUGCAAAGCACAUAAAAUGGUCCUUUCUGCCUGUAGUCCUUACUUCAAAUCUUUAUUAGAGGAAAAUCCGUCCAAACAUCCAAUUAUAAUUUUAAAGGAUGUUGCAUACAGUCAUCUACAAGCCAUUCUAGAAUUUAUGUAUGCAGGCGAAGUGAACGUUUCACAGGACCAGCUGCCAGCAUUUCUCAAAACAGCAGACCGGCUUAAAGUUAAAGGACUAGCUGAAGCUCCCGGUGCCAUUAAGAGAGAAGGUUAAAGACGCACGUAAAUAUGAUAUUUGGAAAGUGUGGACUGAAAGAACAGUGUAAUAAUGUAAAGUGAUUAAGUAAAAUACACCACACAACAUAACACACAACACAUACAUUAUAAAUACAUUAUAGAGACAUAUGUAAAAAAAAUUGAAACACUGCGUGUGCACAACUCAGUGUCCUUCGGUUCAUGACUUGGAUCAACACGCGGUGAUGAUGUAAAAUAAUGCCUUUUUCUUAUUCUCAGUUAAUGUUAACGGUUGUAACGAUAGUAUGUACACAUACAUGCAAGUAGAGAAAAGAUGUUGAUGUUUGUCUUGAACCCAUUACGCCAUUUUAUGGCGCAACAAUAACAACAUUGAUUAUUUUUUUAAAACGAAUCAUCGCGAAUAAAUGGAUCGCGAUAGUUUACGAUGCACACUGACCGGGGCAGUCUUGGUGGAUCAAGUUGGAAAUGCUAACAUCUAUUAUAAUCAUUUUUUUCAAGCCGAUCUACCUGAUUCACAGCAGUCCCCUAUUGAUUCUAUUUGGUAGAUCUAUUCACGAAGUAGCGAUAUCUCUUUCUUCUUUGUUUGCUUGAAUACAUUACGCCAUUGUGGCGCAACAAUAACAACAUUGAUUAUUUUUUAAAAACAAAUCGUCGCGAAUCAGAGCUAUCACUUGACUUAUCCAUGACAGCGUGUCAAAAUAGAAAACACUCGUGUUUUUUUAAUGAAAAUUUAUGCUGUUUUCGCUAAUUGUUAAUAUGAUAAUAGAGAUUUUCCCUUAGGAAGUCGAUCUCACAGGGCAUUAAUGAUUUAUAUUGCGAUAAAUUAUGUAAAUGUUAACGAAAUCAUGUUAGAUGAUAAAAAUAUUUUAUUGGCAUUUAAUCAGGAAGCUUUGCUUCGUGGAUAGAUUUGCGAAAUUCCUGGCAAAUCAUUUAAAGAAUGUCAAAUCAAGUUUACUGGAAGUAGUAACAUGCGCGUUUAUAUCAUUAUUUUUCAUCAAUUUUGUGGUAUCGCGAGACACUGCUCUUUUGUGUUCGUGAAACGUAAAAAAAGAAAGAAAAAGAAAUACAAAAGGAAUUUUAAUAUCGUCAUUAAUCUUCGUACAAGUUACCUCUUCUAGUGAUCAUGAUUUUUACUUAACCAAAUACUGCCAGUAUUUGUACCGGCGUAUUCACAAUAUUACCGAUAUAGACCAAAUUUAUUUAUGAUAAUAAUAUAUUAAGGGUUGAAUGUUUUAAAUUGAGGGAAGGUUAUUGUAAUAUAAGCGAAGUAAAUUUUUGUAAAGUCGGAGCGCACAGUUCCUUUUCCCUCCCGAAUAAUCAAGACGCUCGGAAAAGUCUGAGGAAGAAAGUCAGGAAACAUUGAGACAAGGAUGCAAAAAUUGAUUUAUUAUAGACGCUAUGUCUUUCCUUGCCUACGAUCAAGUGUGUCACGAUAGAAUCACAAGUAAAUUAUUUAAUAACUAAUCUGGCAUAUUAUUAAAUAAUUUGUAAUACCAUUCGCUCAUUGGCAGCACUAAGUUUUUAUUAAUAAACGUUUUAAAUUAAUUCGAAUUACAUUUUUAAAAAUUACUUUUUAAACUUUAUAACAAUACAGGACAAGUUUUUGUCAGUCGCGUUUAUCAUAAAAUAAGUCCACGCUCGUAAUUCCUGACUUUGUUGUCUCUUGCAAUUACAUAUUGAGAAAUUCUCUAGCGUUUCGUGAAUUUUUCCUGCGAGUUAAUUGUCCUUGUGCCUAAUAUUUACUCCAAUCCUUACUUGGAUUAUAUGCCGAAUUAGCACGAGUGAACUUUUACGGACACUAAAUGCCGAUUUAGGGUCGUACACAUUUAUGUAAUUAAACGUCAAUCAAUCGUGUAUCGCAAAAUGUUAUGAAUCAGGACACAUCAUUUCUUACGAAUUUUGCUUCGGAUGUUUCUGUGAAACCGUCUCGAUCGAACUUACGGUUGUAAGAAUGGUCCAUUGAAAAGAACAAGGUAGUAAAUGGCUUCCAUACCGGCGUUUGAUAUGUUUUCAUGCACGUAAAGUAAAAUUUAUGUAAGAAUAGUUAAUAAAUAUCUUCUCGGAAUGAAAGUUCGAUAAUUCGUGCUUUUUCAAGCAACCGAAGGUUUCAUCAUCUUUUGCAGUCAUCCGAUAGCACAAUAUCGUGUAAUAAAUACCCAAUGUUUAGUCUCAGUAUUUAAGACAGUGUUAAAAGUGUUGAAGUGAAUGGGUUCAGUUCCUACAAUGAUAUGUUUGCCGGGCAUUUGGUGGCUGAAUGUGAAUAAUAGUACCAUGUACAUUUGCUAUGCUGUAAAUUUGGAAUACAAUUAUUGUAGAAUAGAAAAUCUCAUAUGUGACCGUUCGCGCUAAAUUCACGAUUACGUCGUAUAGCCUUUUUUCGUUAAGUUUCUCGUUCUUCUCCGACUUCCAUAUUGCUCUUUCAUAUUCACGACAAAUUGACAAAUCGAUUAGCUAGCACAGGUUACUGGGAUGAAUCUCUUCCCUUUCUCCCUUGCUCCUUCUCUCCCAAUCGUCCUCCCUUUUUCCGUUUUGUUAUCUAUGCUAUUUUAGCCGAAAUUCGAAACUCUCUUAAUAAAACGUUACUUUUGCUAUUA